GCUCCAGGGCCCGGCAGCGGCCCCGCCCGCCUCCCGCUCCACCGCCGCCACCGCGGGCCGCAGCUCGCUCCUCCCGCCGGAUCCGCUGCGGUUGUUUCCUUUCUGAGGCGGGCGCUAGCAGCACCCUCGCCCGCCGGGGACCCGGGAGGUUUCGACUGGUCGUCGUUGGCGCCGCAGGGGUCCUGGUGCCUCCCCACCGGGACCGGAGCGGGCGGAAUAGGCGCUGCGUCCCCACCCCCUCUCUCCGGCAGAGUCAGCAGGGAAGAGGCUGAGGAGCGGGGACUGCGCGCACGGCGUCCUCCGCAUUGUGCGAGCCUGCAUGGGCACGGCGCGGGGGCGCGGCCGUGGGGGGGCUCCCCCGAGCCUCCCGCCCCCUCCCCGGCGUUGCCUGUAGCCGCCGAGUUGAGGCAUGAGGGAUGCUUUUGUGCGCGGCUGCGGGCGGAGCAGCGGGUAGCGGCGGAGCGAGCGGCAGCUGGGGCUGCGCUUGUGGAGCAGGUCGGGCGCCGCGGUCAGCCGCAGCCCUCCCGGCGAGGGAGGCCGGGCGCGAUGCUGAAUUAGGCGAGCGGAGCCCUUGCGAGCGUGGGGGCAGGCUUAGCGGUCCGUAGCCGGCCUGAGUCCCAGCGGAGCUGGGAGGGCGGGCAGGCAGCUCCUCAUGGCGAGCAACCGGAGCAUCGAGCUGGAGCACUUCGAGGAGCGGGACAAGAGGCAGCAGCGCGCCGGGCCGCGCCGCGGCGGCACCGGCAGCGGCUCCGGCAGCGGCGGCGCCGGGCCCCGGGGCAACGGGCUGAUCCCCAGCCCGGCACACAGCGCCCACUGCAGCCUCUACCGGACGCGGACCCUGCAGGCGCUCAGCUCGGAGAAGAAAGCCCGCAAAGCCCGCUUCUACCGCAACGGGGACAGGUACUUCAAGGGCUUGGUGUAUGCCAUCUCCACCGACCGCUUCCGCUCCUUCGACGCCCUCCUCGUCGAGCUCACCCGGUCCCUGUCGGACAACGUGAACCUGCCCCAGGGUGUCCGCACCAUCUACACCAUCGAUGGCAGCAAGAAGCUCACCAGCCUGGACGAGCUGGUGGAAGGUGAAAGUUAUGUAUGUGCAUCCAAUGAACCGUAUCGCAAAGUUGAUUACACCAAGAAUGUCAAUCCAAACUGGUGUGUAAACAUAAGGACUGGGUCCACUCGAACCUUGACAUCUUUGACUUCCACAAAGAGUGAAGUGAAGGAGAGUAAAGACUUCAUUAAACCCAAAUUAGUGACUGUUAUUAGGAGUGGAGUAAAACCACGGAAAGCUGUGAGAAUUCUGCUGAAUAAGAAGACUGCUCACUCCUUCGAACAGGUCUUGACUGACAUCACAGAAGCCAUUAAGUUAGAUUCGGGUGUAGUCAAGAGACUUUGUACACUGGAUGGAAAGCAGGUGACAUGCUUGCAGGACUUCUUUGGAGAUGACGACGUCUUCAUUGCGUGUGGGCCUGAGAAAUACCGGUAUGCUCAGGAUGACUUCGUGUUGGAUCACAGCGAAUGCCGUGUUAUGAAGUCCUCUUACUCACGAUCAUCUGGCAUGAGGCAUACUGGGUCUAAAAGUCCAGGACCUUCACGUCGAAGCAAAUCACCUGCCUCAGUAAAGAGGGGUGGCCACUACUCCAGUGCUUAUUCUUCAGCAAAAUCCCCAGUUAAUGGAACCCCAAGCAGUCAAUUAUCCACCCCAAAAUCUACAAAGUCCUCCAGCUCUUCACCAACAAGCCCAGGCAGCUUUCGUGGACUAAAGAUCCCUCCACAUGGUGGUUCUUCUUCCAAUGUGAAUGGUGUACCUGAAUCAGUCCAUUGCCAGAGUCCCGAAGGUGUGAAUGGAAACAAGUGCUCAGGGUCAUCUACCAUUCUUGAGAAGUAUAAAGUGGGGAAGGUGAUUGGUGAUGGCAAUUUUGCUGUUGUAAAGGAGUGCAUAGAACGAUCCACAGGAAAGGAGUUUGCGCUGAAGAUCAUAGACAAGGCUAAAUGCUGUGGAAAGGAACAUCUGAUUGAAAAUGAAGUGUCUAUUCUGCGCCAAGUGAAGCACCCAAAUAUCAUUAUGCUUAUAGAGGAAAUGGACACCCCAACAGAACUCUAUCUGGUGAUGGAGCUGGUCAAGGGAGGAGAUCUAUUCGAUGCUAUCACCUCUUCUACAAAAUAUACAGAGCGAGAUGGGAGUGCAAUGGUCUACAAUCUAGCCAGCGCACUCAAAUACCUUCAUGGUCUCAACAUUGUGCACAGAGACAUCAAGCCAGAAAAUCUCCUGGUAUGUGAAUAUCCAGAUGGAACCAAGUCUUUGAAGCUAGGAGACUUUGGACUGGCGACUGUGGUUGAAGGACCUUUAUAUACUGUCUGUGGUACACCCACAUACGUGGCUCCGGAAAUCAUUGCAGAGACAGGAUAUGGCUUAAAGGUGGAUAUUUGGGCUGCAGGUGUGAUCACAUACAUACUGUUAUGCGGAUUUCCACCUUUUCGCAGUGAAAACAACCUUCAGGAAGACCUCUUUGAUCAGAUACUUGUUGGGAAGCUGGAAUUUCCUUCUCCCUACUGGGAUAACAUCACUGAUUCAGCAAAGGAGUUAAUAAGCCUGAUGUUACAUGUGAAUGCUGAAGCCCGAUAUACAGCAGCACAGAUCCUAAGCCAUCCCUGGGUGUCAGAUGACACUUCCCAGGAGAAUAAUAUGCAAGCUGAAGUAACAGGUAAACUGAAGCAGCACUUUAAUAACACCCUACCCAAGCAAAAUAACACAUCUGCUGGGGUUUCUGUCAUCAUGUGCAUUGCUCUAUCAGUCCGCCUGCAUAUUUAAUGGAAUCCCUUUUAGCAUCACUUCGUUCAAGUAUUGUCAUCUGGCCAAUGCAGAUAAUAACAUCACGUGGCAGAUAAGUAAAGCUGCACAAACCUACUUCAGUGUUCUUGCACAGGAGACUCUCUGCCCCUAAAAGCAUGUUGCUGUUAAUUCAUUACUUUUUUUUUGGUCAAUUUCAAAACGUUCUGUAAAUUAAAAUUUGUUGCAAUUGUGUUAGUUCUGCUUAAAGUAAGUCUAGUUUCUGUCCCUUGCUUCCUUCCCUUUUCCUUCUUUCCCAAUGCCUGCAUUGCUUUCCUCUGAGUAGGUCCAAGGCAAUGGUACGUACUAACUGCGAUGCUUUGUUCUGCUGCACAAAAAUUACAUGUUUUCAAUUUGUAACAAGAAGAAAGGAGAAAUAACUUGGCCAGUCUGAAGUGGAAAGAGCUUUACAGCCACACAAAAUCAGUAAAGGAAAGUCAUUUAAACAUUUAAACUAAACAAAAAAGUCAUCUGUAUUAAGUGAUGCAUAUCUGAAAUAUUCUAAGCAAACACUGACAUAACCAGCUAUUUUUCACUUCCCUAGACAUAUCUUGGUCUGUUCUCCUGGGAGUAAUUUUACUUACAAGAUGAAAAAACAAUUAGAAAAAGAUAGGAAUUCUUUGAAGACAGAACAAAAAAACCAAAACGGCUGAAAUAAGCAUUGUUUCCAGUUAAAUUAAAAAUUUUAAUUGUCACUUCAGCCUUUAUGGUAUCACAGAGCUAGUCAGAAGUUAAUCAGUCCUAAAUUAAGAAAAUGGAAUGUCUAACAUUCAUGUUACAGGGGGUGCCACAAAGGUGAAACAUGUACGUGUGCUCCUCAGUUCAGUGUCACGCACUUGUGGAUCCCUGUAGAAAGCCCAAGCUGUACGUAAUCAGAGUAAGUGUACCUUGCACCAUUCUACAUAACUGAGUAAACUACAAAGAACUUAAUUAAUUAAUCUGUAUUAACUUAAAUCUGCGUUACCACUGGUACUUGAAGAUCUUCCACAAACUGGAUAGUCAAGCCAAGAAGUAUAUGGAUUUAUAAUGAUCAGUAUCUGCCUUCAAACUGUGAAACAAGACCAAUUAUGCUGUCCCUCCAAGUUUCAGAAAGCAAUUUUGAUGUGUAUAUUUUUGACACAGGAACUACUAGAUUUCCCUCUAGGUCACUUCAGACGUCCCAGUAGCAAUUAAACUUCACACUGUGGUUUAAUAUAACUUGCAGUAUCCCUCAGCGGGUAUGAAAGUUGUCAGCUUCAGCAGACACACCACAUACUCCAGAUAAGCCAGCUACUGCACUGUAGAGUUCUCAGUUUUCAUUCUGACUUGCUACUCUCUUCUCUAAGAAACUAAUUUUUAAGUAUAGCAUUCAGAAAUUAUGUGGUUUCGGCACAGCGUCAGCUUUGUGAGAGGUCAUUUGCCUACUCUCAACAAUAAGCAGAAAUGUAAAGCCUUCUGUACCAUGUGGUUUGUUACAGAAAAUGUAUUAUUAAGUUUUCACUAAGCAUCAUGCCUUGUGUCUGCAAAAACACAGGUACAUAAAUUUUUCUAAUAGCUAGUAUGAAGACUUCCUGCGAUAUCAUAAUUACUCAUGUAAUUAUUUUUUUUUCCACAUCAGACUUGCAAGACAAAAAUUUUAAACUCACACCAUCAUGGCAAAUGUCUCUCUGGAAGAUAUGUUUUCCAUGUGUUUUCCAAAGUCAGCACCAUAAAAUGCUACAAUUAAUUAUAUGUAAGAUUUCUAAUGUUAUUUCUCCUUUUUCUUUCUGGAUCUAAUGCAUGCACUUAAUGUCUCGUAGAGUGUUUUAACCCUGAAGGUAAGACAGGGUUUUGAUUUAACUGCUCUUUUCAUAUUUUGCCUUGGGUUUUUUUUGUUUGU